ACUGCCUACUGGUACUGCAGAAGCGGAUGGAAAACAGCAGGAUCCCUAUCGGACUUGCUUCACAGCUCCGCCCCGCCUUAAAGAGACAUACCACCUGUUAGUUUGUCGUUGUUUAACUUGUAUACCGCUUCAUAUUUCUAAGCGGUUUACGCAUCCCAUAUAGACGACGGUAGCUGAGUAUUGACUACGAAGAGAAAAGAGGGCUCAGCUGUCAUUUGGCACGCUUUUGCUGGGCCUUAUCUUACUCGUUUUGCAUACAGCUGCGGCCCAUUUUAGUGCAUGUUUCCUGGGAAAUUGUAAACCAUGGCACAAGCUGAGAAGAAAGGCGGGUUGCUUCGGAAGUCUUCAGCUAGUAAGAAACCCUUGAAAGAGAAGGUUGUGCUAAUGUAUGAUGAGAUCUUCACGACAGAAGAUCCCAGUAAACGCAACCCUCGGUUUUGGGAGGAGCUUUUCCUCAUGAAGGUGAACUUGGAGUACCUGGAAGGAAAGCUGGAGUCUCUAGAUGGUGAAGAACUAAUGAAGAUAAAAGAUAACAUUAACUGUUUGUUCCAGCGCUGCAUCCGGGCUUUGGGAGAAGAACAUCCUAUCAGAGUAGUCAAUGCAUUACAGACACUGUGUGCGUUGAUCCGUGGGGUUCAUCAGAAGAACAAAUCGACAUCUGGCUUUGACAUCAUCAACAUGCUGAUGGGUUUUGACAAGGCUGAACUGUGUAUGAAGAAUCUGAUGGAGAGUUUGGAUGCGCUGCUUUGCGCAGAAGGCUCUGAAAGCCUCAAGAGUUUGUGCCUGAAGCUACUGCUUUGUUUGGUGACUGUGACAGAUAACAUCAGUCAAAACACAAUCCUGGAGUAUGUGAUGAUUAACAGUAUAUUUGAAGCUAUCUUACAGAUCCUCUCCAAUCUUCCCAGUCGCAGGGAACAUGGCUAUGAAGGUGUUGUCCUGCUCGCCUUAUUAGUAAAUUAUCGAAAAUAUGAGUCUGUGAAUCCUUAUAUUGUGAAGCUGUCCAUCAUAGAUGAUGAGGCCACACUCAAUGGAAUGGGUCUUGUAGUGGCUCAGGCUUUAUCAGAGUACAACCGGCAGUAUAAAGACAAGGAAGGAGAACACCAGAGUGGCUUUUUCUCAGCCUUGACUAACAUGGUGGGCAGCAUGUUCAUAGCUGAUGCAGAUGAGAAAAUCUCAGUGCAAACUAAUGAGGCUAUCCUUUUGGCCCUUUAUGAAGCUGUUCACUUGAACCGAAACUUCAUCACUGUAUUGGCACAGAAUCAUCCUGAGAUUGGUUUGGUGCCAGUGCCAGAAAGCCCAGUUCCAACGACUCCAGUCACUCCACUCGGGACCACACCACCUUCUUCUGAUGUUAUAAGCACCGUGGAGCUGCCUCUGGAUGCCGAUGUGCAGACCAGCAACCUGCUGAUAACUUUCUUAAAAUACAGCUCCAUCAUUAUGCAGGACACCAAAGAUGAACACCGGCUUCACAGUGGCAAGCUCUGUCUGAUUAUUCUGACCUGCAUAGCAGAGGACCAGUAUGCUAAUGCUUUUCUGCAUGAUGAUAACAUGAAUUUUCGAGUAAACCUCCACAGAAUGCCUAUGAGACAUAGAAAGAAAGCUGCUGACAAGAACCUUCCCUGUCGGCCUUUGGUUUGUGCAGUGCUGGAUCUGAUGGUAGAAUUUAUCAUAACACACAUGAUGAAAGAGUUUCCCAUGGAUCUUUAUGUACGCUGCAUUCAAAUAGUACAUAAGCUGCUUUGCUACCAGAAGAAAUGCAGAGUGAGGCUUCAUUACACUUGGAGGGAGCUCUGGUCAGCUCUGAUUAAUCUGUUGAAGUUCCUCAUGUCCAACGAGACUGUUUUGCUGGCAAAACACAACAUCUUUACAUUGGCUCUCAUGGUGGUAAAUCUGUUUAAUAUGUUCAUCACUUAUGGAGAUACCUUCCUUCCAACUCCUAGCAGCUAUGAUGAGCUGUAUUAUGAAAUCAUCAGAAUGCACCAGAGUUUUGAUAACCUGUAUUCUAUGGUUUUGAGACUAUCUACCAAUGCUGGCCAGUGGAAGGAGCCAGCCAGCAAGGUGACCCAUGCAUUGGUCAACAUACGAGCCAUUAUCAACCACUUCAAUCCAAAGAUAGAAUCUUAUGCAGCUGUGAAUCACAUCUCACAGCUCUCAGAAGAACAGGUUUUGGAAGUGGUGCGCUCUAACUAUGACACACUCACCCUAAAGUUACAGGAUGGACUGGACCAAUACGAACGCUACUCAGAGCAACACAAAGAAGCUGCUUUCUUUAAAGAACUGGUUCGGUCCAUCAGCAUCAAUGUGCGGCGAAAUCUGGCCUUCAACACCCUCAGCCAGGAGACCCUCCUUAAAGAGUUCUCAACCAUCUCAUGAAGCUGAAUUGUCAUCCUGCUUCCUGGCAUUACUGAGCCCCUUUCUCCAGCAUUGACUGUAGCUCCUGAUUGCGGGUGAUCUAACCUGGGGGGGUGGGGUUCUAGGAAUAUCAAGGGGAGAUCUGGACUUGUCCACAUUCCUGGGCACAGAGAACUGAUUAUUCACACUGCACUGUAGAGUGGGAGUGAGAAAGAGGGUUCUAUAGCUACUGCUUUUUCUCAUUUUCUCUGUGCAGCAACUGUUGUCCAGGGAUAAAAGUUUUCCCCAGUGAGCAAAAUUAGAGCAAAGCAGUGUUAUUCAGAGAGCUCAUCCUUCUGAUUCUUUGCAAGUUGUCUGAUGAUGAACGGAGGCCUGGAGAGGGAAGUAGAGCAGGACAUGGGUACCAACUCCUUUAUAAUAAAGGACAGACUGACUGAACAUCUGUCCCGUGUACACUUGUGCUGUAAGGCCCAAGUUAUCAGCUUGACUUGGGUGCUUUUUAUCUGCUGCCCAUGUGUAUUGUUAGCCCCAUCUCAAACUGGUGUGGAAAUUACCAGCUGAAGACUCUCCCCUUCACUCUUGAGUUAGUGCCUCCUGUUCUGAAUGGUGCUUGCCAGAGCUUCUCUUCAAGAAUGCCCUGCCUAAAAUACUUGGUCUCUGGAGUUCCUGAUCUAAGAGGCUACCUCUAUAAACUCAUCCUUGCUGUUCCUACUGCCCUGUUAUAAGACUCUGGGGAUAAGAAUAUUGAAAUGUAUCCAUGAUUUUCCCCCCAUGGGAGCAAUAAGGGAGAAUGUCCUCUGCUUUUACUUCUAUUACAAUUCUUGCGUAUCAGAGUGAGCCUUUUCCUCCUGUUCCCAGAGGGUUGACUGAACUCCUGCAUUAGGUUUCUUAGUAUCUCUCCACUGACCUGAUACUCUUGGAUCCCCAUGGUGCUGAUAAGGUGACCAAGUGCUCCUACUCACAUUGUCAGUGUCCUCUCCAUCCAACACAUACACUGCCUAAGCCAAACACCACAUGGGCUGAAGCAAGAAUCGCUUAGCUCACCUCCCCCUUUUUUUGUCAAAGUUUUAUCUUCUUUGUACUCCAAUAAAAGUGCUUCAUUGCAUAGGUAGAAGUAGGGAAUUAAUCUGUCAAGCAUAUUGGUUCUUACAGCUUUUUAGCGAAAAGAAAGCUUGGGAUUGGGGGAAUUAGUGAUCUACAUCUGUGGCAUUCUACAGCUGUGGACCACAGGAUAUGUAGUUUGUGCGGCCAGCUGUCCCAUCAAUCUUUGUCAUACUUUGUGUAGAAAUGCAGAACCUGCUCUGUUGAAAAGCCAAGAGUUGGUCAUAUCUCUGGCACUGUACUCAGAGGGAAGAUGUCAGUCAGAUGUGCUCUAAAAUGUAGACUCUAAAUUCUUAGUAAAGGUGCUGAGAAAAUUUGGCACUGUAUACAUUUGGGUGGGUUUUUUCCUCCUACCUGCAUAUUAUCUUCCUAGUUGCAGAACACUGGAUGCAAACAGGAUUCGGCGAGCAGGUGUACAUGCAUCUUACUGGGGUCUUUCCUGAUGUAUGUUGGUUAGGAGAUUGCUGUGAAGAACAGACUUUACUUAAAAGAGACUUGCCAUCUUGUGUGAUUUCUCUGUAUUUUUGGACUGACAUGAGAAACUCUCUUCCCCAAUACAUUGAUGAGUCUCAGCUAUGCCUAACAGUGAAUUUUGAGGGCAGACUUUCAAGGAAGAACUCUUUUUUUCCUAGAAGAAACACUAUAAACACCCUACUAAUAAAAUAGAACCUGUAAGAAGAGGUACAUAGAAUUCAGCAGUAAUGGGGUGGGGAAUGAUGCAGCACCGCUAAUCACUCUAUUAUGUGCAGUGUAUCUUUUUGUGUUCUUUUUAUGAGAGGUAAUAAAUUAUUAUUACUCUUAA